CUUUUCUCGACACUUGUUUUCUCCUUGUUGAUAACACCAGCUCAAGCUUCUGUUUUCUCGACCUUUGCAAUCAGCUUCGCCACAAAUCGAGACGAAUACGCGUACAGUGCAAAUAACGUUGCCGGCGGCGGGAGUAGGGAGACGGGCGAGAUGGCGCUGAGAUGCAGACCCUCCGCUGGCGUCGGGAAUCACCCCAUGGCCAGAAAGGCGGAGCCCGAAGGAUAUGGCUGCCCAUCACUGGUCCAACCUAUGGUUGGAGGAGCGGAGCAAGCCGCGGCGGCAGAUAGAGAGGAGGGGCGCCGAAUACUGAGAUUUGCUUUUUGA